AGUCCUCUGUACCCGGCGCUGGUCUGGGCGUUUGGGCCAAAACCUGUAUUGUUGCUGGUGAGAGGUUCGGACUGCACAGCACGCUGCAUCAUGAGGCCACGGGCAAAGACGGCUCCUUCGGAUGGGAGAUGAUGAAUGACCAUGAUGAAGCCUCCCCUGACAGCUGCAUCAAAAAGGUGGUAGACGACAUGGGCAACGUGAAAUUUGCGUUGGACACAGGCCUGGAUGCCACCGGCAACAGCUGGCUCAAAUACGUCCGCUCUGCCCCGUCAUUUGAGGAGCAGAACCUCGCCGCCUGUCACCUCACCGGAGACCAGAUUUAUUAUAAAGCUGUCCGGGACAUUGAAGCAGGGGAGGAGCUCUUGGUGUAUAUGAAGGACGGUAUUUUCCCCGAGGGAUCCAUGGCACCCAACCUACAAGACGAGCAGAUGUACCGCUGUGAAGACUGUGAUGAACUGUUCUCCUCAACACUCGAGCUGCGGCGGCACCAGAAGUACUCUUGCUCCAGUACCGGCUCCAUCUUUGAAACACUCAGAGAGGACUUCAAGCAGGAGCGCGAGGACAGCGAUGAGCCUGUCCACGAGUGUAAAGACUGUGAAAAGAUCUUCCCGAAUGAGUACAGUCUGGGACAACACAUGAUAGUCCAUACAGAGGAGCGGGAGUAUAAAUGCGACCAGUGCCCCAAAGCCUUCAACUGGAAGUCCAACCUCAUACGUCACCAGAUGUCACAUGACAGCGGCAAGCGCUUUGAGUGUGAAAACUGUGAUAAGGUUUUCACAGAUCCUAGCAACCUGCAGCGCCACAUCCGCUCCCAGCACGUGGGGGCACGCGCUCACACGUGUCCUGAGUGUGGCAAGACCUUUGCCACCUCAUCAGGCCUCAAGCAGCAUAAGCACAUCCACAGCAGUGUCAAACCCUUUAUCUGCGAGGUGUGCCACAAGUCCUACACCCAGUUCUCCAACCUCUGCCGCCACAAACGCAUGCAUGCUGACUGCCGCACCCAGAUCAAGUGCAAGGACUGUGGGCAGUUGUUCAGCACUACCUCCUCCCUCAACAAGCAUCGCCGCUUCUGUGAGGGCAAAAACCAUUACGGCUCUCCAGCAGGGAUGUUCAACCCUGGCAUCCCCAUGAGCUCUAGCCCCAUCAUGGCCAAGGCCAAGUCCCACCACCCCCACCUUUCAGGUCUAAGCCAGUCAGGUUUAGGCUUCACUGACUACUUUCCCUCCCGACCUCACCAUCACGCUGGCUUGCCCUUCUCCCCAGGACCCCACGGCUUCCCCUCCCUCCCUCAUGGUUUCCCAGGUAUCUUCUCCCCGUCACUGUAUCCGCGACCACCUUUAUUGCCGGCUAGUCCGUUGCUUAAGAGCCCGCUGGGCAGCAGCAGUCAGGAGGUGAAACUGCCUCGGAGUCCACUAGAUGCCCCUCCACUGUCCCUGGUUAGCUCCACAAACAGCAAUGGAGGCAACAGUUUGAGUCAGCUGGAAGACAAAGAGAAAGAGAACAAACUGGAUUUGUCUUCUGGAGAAGCCAAACCAAAAUCUAAGAUGGCAGACAUGUCUGAUGGCAGUGACCUUGAAGAUGUUAACACCACAAGUGGGACAGAUUUGGACACCACCACUGGUACUGCUUCAGGUGAUGGUUCUGACCUCGAGAGCGAUGGGGAGAGUGAACGUGAGCGAAGUGGUAAAAGGAGGAAGCCGUCUGGGGCCAUAUCAAGUCAAGAAGGCCACCAGUUAGAAGACACGAACAGUGCGUUGUUAUCAGCCGUGUCGAGUUCUGGGAACUUCACUAUUGAUCGUCCCUUUUUUUCUUCGGCAGCAUCCCAGCACUCCUUUUUCCCUCCCCCUGAUGAGCAAGCCCUCCCGCCCACCCACACAAAUGCCAAUGCAGCCACCACAGAUUCCAUCAAAGCCAUCGCCUCCAUUGCUGAAAAAUAUUUUGGUCCAGGUUUGAUCGGUCUCCAUCAGGAGAAGAAGAUGGGUCCAUUGCCCUACCAUUCCAUGUUUCCUUUUCAGUUCCUGCCCAACUUCCACACCUCCCUCUAUCCCUUCAGCCCUGAUCGACUCAACCCUAACAUGCUCUUUAAGGCAGAGCCCAAGUCACCUCGCGAACAGCUGCACAAGAUGGUUUCUGGUCCCCCAGGAGCUCCUGCUUCCACAGGGGAGUCACCAUUUGACCUCACCACAAAGUCCAAGGAGAUCAAGUCAACUCCUCCCACCCCAACAAACCCCUCAAACCCCAACAGUAGUACUGGCAGCAGUAGUGGACCUUUAGCAAUAUCUAGCAGUGAAGAACAGCCAUUGGACCUCAGCAUUGGUGGCCGGAGCCGAGGUGGUCAUAACGGUGUGGCAGCUGAGCCACAAAAUAGAAAGAACCACAUCUUUGGAGUUGGAAAGGGGGUCUCUGUCAAGGACGAAAGCCCAGUUGGGUUUCCACACCCCCAUUCCCAGUCGUUGCACCAAUCCUCCCUCGCCCAGCACCAGCAGCAGCCCCAGGCACAGCCACACCAGCCACCACCCCUGCACUACGCCAAGCCCUCAGCAUUCUUCAUGGACCCCAUAUACAGGGUGGAGAAGAGGAAGCUACUCGACCCCGUAGGAGCUCUGAAGGAAAAAUUCCUCAGGCCCUCACCACCACUUUUCCAUCCACAGAUGUCAGCGAUGGAGAACAUGACAGAGAAGCUGGAGAGCUUUGGCGCUCUAAAACUGGAUGCGCCACCCAAUUCGCUGCAACACUCAGCUCAUCCACUGUUCAACUUCCGCUCACCGCCACCCUCUCUCUCAGACGCCAUCCUCCGCAAGGGCAAAGAGCGUUACGCCUGCAGGUACUGUGGGAAAAUCUUUCCUCGUUCGGCAAACCUCACCAGACACUUGCGGACUCACACGGGGGAACAACCCUACAGGUGUAAAUACUGUGACCGCUCAUUCAGCAUCUCAUCCAAUCUUCAACGCCACGUUCGCAACAUCCAUAACAAGGAGAAACCCUUCAAGUGUCACCUGUGCAACCGCUGCUUUGGUCAGCAAACCAACCUCGACCGCCAUCUCAAGAAGCACGAGCACGAGAACAUUCCUGUGAGCCAACAGUCCGGGAUGCUCUCCAACCUAGGAACCACCAUCUCCUCCCCAAACUCCGAGCCAGACAAUCAUGCACUUUUAGAUGAGAAGGAGGACUCGUACUUCUCAGAAAUCCGCAACUUCAUUUCCAACAGUGAGAUGAACCAGGCCUCCAGCUCCACGGAUAAGAGAUCAGACCAGGCUGAGGAGGAACGCCCACCCAGCCACAGUUUGUCCAACUCCAAGCUGAGGCUCCAGGGGCUGGAGGAGGAGGAGGAGGAAGUGGAGGGUGACGAUGAGGAGGAGGAGGAAGGCAGCCUGACGGAGAAGAGUCACGACGAGGCGCCCGAGUCCCCGUCACCCGUCACAACAGGAGUGUAUGAGGAGGACGAGGAGGAGGAAGAGACGGAGACGCCUCCAUUAGCUAUGAGCUAUGAACACACUCGCAGGUGUAUAGAGGAGGGCUCUCUCUUGGACCUGGAGGGUCUGCCCAGCUUUCCCAAGAGCCUGGAGGGGUUACGUAAAGCAGCCAGUGAAGAGCAACCCUUUGAUGUUAAAGACAUAUUUAACACUUCACUAGAGUCGGAGGCAUUGAAAGAAACUUUGUACAGGCAGGCUAAAACCCAGGCUUAUGCAAUGAUGCUGUCUCUCUCGGAGAACAACCCUUUGCACGCGCCCUCCCAGAACUCUCUGGACGCUUGGCUGAGCAUGGGAGGUGGACCGUCUGAGACGAGCAGCUUUCACCCGCUCAACCACAUCUAGACGACAGAGAGAGUUAGAGGGGAAGUGGGAGGAAGAGUAGGAGGGACAUUAGUUUCGCAAAUGGAUAGAAACAAGAGAGUGAUUGGACAUGAGUUGUGAGAAAGGUGGAGGCCGGAGAAGAAUUUAAUGUCACAUACAUUCAAGAUAGAAAGAAUAUGUUUGUGUGGAUGUGUGUGUUCAUUGUGUGUGUGUGUGUGUGUGUGUGUGUGUGUGUGUGUGUGUGUGUGAGAAUGAGGAGGGAGAGAUUGUCAUUAGGUGAGGCGACUCUGUCAAAAAGAAAGCACUGCUAAGCUCCUGUUGAUGUGAAGGACAUGAUGAAUGCUUCUCAACAGCAUUAAAACUCUGCAUUACUCUGAUCCUCCCCAAGUCCACAAGGCUCACUCCAGCACCACGGAGACCCUGCAUAAGGCUCUCAUAAAGACACUUAAUGACUAGUACGUCUCUAAAGUCUGUGUACACCUCCGACUACAAGCACUGCAGCAUCAGCACUGCAUUAGCACUGCAUAUCCACAAGGUGGUGCUGUUUCACCAGGAACAUAGUGGGCGCGUGCACUAUUGUCUCCAGGUUUCCCCCACCAGUCAUGGAUCUGACUGAUCUUGUUUCAGUUUUAACUGCAGAAUCAACAAUAGCACCACACUAAAUGUUACUUGAGGAAAUGACGGUUCCUGAUGAUUUUUGAAUGAUUACAUGGAAAAUGAUGUUCAAUGUUCAAUUGUGCACAGCAACUGGUGAUUUUGAUGAGCUAUCUGGGACACUAGCCAUUGUAAUUGGUUACCCAAUUUGAUCAUGACGAAAAUUAAUUUUAAAUCAUACUCAAAAAAUGAGGAAAGUCUUUCUCCGCUUGUUUAUUUCAUCGUCAUUUGUUAAUUUUAUUUGCUUUCUCUCCUCUUAGAUACCACAGUAUUGUUUUGUUGUAGGCACCACAGUGCUAAAUUGUUAAUAUAAUUAUUUUAGAGAAGGACCAAAAUUGUAUGAUAUUGUCAUAUGAUGUACAAAAUAACCUAGGUGUUCAUAGCAAGAGUGGUAUGUGCCAAAUAACCCAUAGAAAAUGUUUUGUUCUCUGACAAUCAUUUCAUUUCCAAGGGGCUUGCAUUUGCUGUCAUAGUUGUUUUUUUUCUUAUACGCUCUUAUAUAUUUGAUUUCAGAAGUGUGUAUGUAUUUAUUUUUGGUUGUUUCAUCAUGACUGGAGGAGUGACAAUGAAGACAUGUCAUUUUAUCCCUCUUUUCUUGAUACUGAAGGAAUGAACGUCUAUCAGAACACAAAGGAGAUUCUGAAUCUCUGGUUUUGAUGCGUUAGUGUGCCAAAAUGGAAAGAACCCAUGAAAUUAAUUGUUUUUAUUUAUAGUGAAAGAUAGCUGUAGUUAGUUUUAGAUCCUAUUUGGCAUUGUAACGUCCUGCAGUGUUUAGUUUUUUUCCCAGUUCAGCCAUUUUACCCAGUAUGCUGAAUGUGACUUGUUCAGAUUGGUUCAAGUAUUAUUGGGGAGGGGCAGACUUGGACAACUUUCACUAUAUGAAUGUCAGAAAAGGGCAUUAUGUUGUCAUAUUAUUGAAUCUGACUAGUUUCUACCACAUCCAUUUCCUCUCUGUUUUUCAUUUCAUACAUGGAGUGUUAACAAUGAAUAUUCCUUUUGAAAUGAGCUGGUCCAAAUGUCUAAAAACACACAGUCACUUCUGCAUGAACAUCUCAUUGUCGCUCCAUUGCAGCGACAAAAUAGCUGGUCAUGCAAGCAUGAAGGCAAGGACUCAUCAAACAACAAAAAAAAAGAGAGUAAACUUAACCACAGAUGGUGGUAAAAAUGGAUUUUGUAAUUAUGCUGAUUGGUCCAAUAAUGUCUAGUUAAUCCUGGACACAGAAAACAGAAACACUUGAUCAUUUAACUUUAUUUUCCCCGUUCUUCUUCUGAGAUGAUACUAAAAACUCAUUCCAUGAGGUCUAAAAGGUAGCUGUGCCGUGGAGGGCAUGAGUCAUUUACUGUAGAUAACUGUAGAUAGCUGCAGGAGCGGGGGGGUGAGCACUGUUGAUCAUUGUUGCCUUGGUCCUCCCAGCGUACUGGGACUCUCAGAACUAGGCCUGAUGCUGUAUUAUUCUUUCAAACUAGUACUUAAACCAAGUGGGUCCAAGCCAUAAAUUGAUCAGGCUUAGGUCUCUAGAUCGUAGAACACAAACCUUUUCACUCUAGUUUCACUUUCAGUAGAUGAGCAACUCGAGCUCGACAUUGAGAGAAAAAGAAAAAUCUGAAACAGAAGCACUGUAAUUUUUACUCACGACAGCAGGUGGUAGUGUGAUGCUAGGACUGCUGCAUCAUCUCAUUUUUCUAAAGACAGAAGUCUUUUUUAUAAUUCUACUGAAUGAGAUUUCAUUCAUGGUAAACACAUUGUUUUCCCAAGUCGUGGUUAUGAAAUGUAAAGACUUGGGUUGCUACGUUUUUAGGUUGACUAUAUGUAGUAAUUCAUGUCAUGGACUACUGUAAUAAGUACGCGCUGUGUAAAGCAAAGGAAUUGAAGGCAUUGAAGUAUUCCAUUUUGCCAACUUUAGAAAGUAUUCUGGCAGAUGGUCGCUGAAAUAUGUUUCAGCAUAAUAGAACAUGGUUGCUGUUUUCCCCCCACUGUUACAGGAGAAAGUAAAAAAUAUACAUAUUGUUUCUUUUUAACUGUAUAGUAUUUUAAAGAAUGAAAACAAUGGUGCAUUUGUCUGAAGAAAAAAAAAUCAUUGAAAAAUAUGGGUUUAAAUGGAUGGUGCUUGUUUUGUUUGAAUCUGAGUUGUAUAUCGCCUCUGUUAUGUUUAUUGAAAACAAACAAACAAAAAAAAAAGAUAUUGUGCAUGACGUGUUUAGCAGUCAUAAUGAUGUCCAUUUGUGAAAUGUGUAUCAAAUCAAAAAAUGAGAAAAAAAGAAAAGAAAAAAUAAAUCCGUAGAUGCACUUAUUGUACAUGUGGUUAGUCUGGUAGGUUUGACUUCAAGUUCUUGACUGCCUUACAGAAGUUUGGGCAGGCGGCUCUGAAAGACAUUAGAAAAGACUUGUGGGAGAAGACAUAAUGAAAAACAAUAAAGGAUUGUAGAAUAAUAUUGAACAAUUCUGAAAAUUGCAGUUCUUUUGAUGCUUGUGAUUAUUGAAGAUGUACUUUAGAGAAAUUUCAUUGAAAAGAUAUGACUCUGAUGUUAAUUCUGUAGAAUAGCAAUGUAUACCAAAAUGUAAUCUUUCCAAUGCUAUGAAGAAUUUAUACAUGAAAUUGAUAUGCAAUAAAACCUGUGUGCUUUUUAAA